GUUCAACGUCACUCCGGGUAAGACAACUCUCAGGCGACAUAUAUCUAAUGUCCCAAAACUAUUUCCCACCAUCCGACAGUCCACAAGCCAUCUCUGCUUGUUAUCAGUUGAUGAAGAAUGGCAGCCAUAACAACUAAUUCCCAGUGUGUAUUGGAUCAGUAUGUUAAGGAGGUGUCUGACUUCAGUUCCCAAUAUGGUAGUGAUGGUUCCAUAUCAUAUGUUGCAAAUAAUGUUAUUGGGAAACCAGCACUUUAUCCUGAGUAUGGGGACUUUUCAGCAGCAUAUUGUAUGAGGAGUUAUGGCAAGUGGUGGACAAAGUGUGAAUCAUCCACACAUCCUAUUGAUGAUCCUCGGCCAUUGUUACCUCCAAGUGUUGAUUUCAUUGAUGUGAGAUAUGAAAUUGCAGUGUAUCCUAUCAGGAUUGAUUUCUAUGAAACCUACAAUCCUGGUAGUGUGGUACGAGUAUGGGGUUCCCUAGAAGGGCAAGAUUGGGUGCUCUUAUGGUCAGGAGAGGCACAACUUGGCUUACGCCAAGUUGCACGCAUUUUUUCCCCACCAGUUAUACAAGUUGAUAAACCUGUUAAUUUACUGAGAAUAGAAUUCGAUCAGCAUAGCCACAGUUACUACUCUGCACUUGAUGCCAUCCUCUUAGUGGGCUCUACACACACUUCUAGUAAACAGCCUUUGACCUUUCAAGAAACCAUCACAUCACAGAUCAUGAAACUAGGUCUUCACAACAUAGCGUGUGAAGAAGAAAUCCUUUCUGGCGUGCAGUUCCUUUUAUCUGAAGAAAACUUGCUGAGGAUGGUGGCUGAGGAAAGUGAGAGCAAGGAUGUAGAACCCCUGAGAGAAGAGAAGGCAGAAUUCAUGGACGAAUGUGAGACUCAGUCCAGCACAAAAGAAGUCACUAAUGAAUUAAGUGAGAGCAAAUUAGAGGACUCAGGGGAUGAGGGUACAAGUGGAGGUUACUUUGACAUGUUGCCUGAGGAACUCAUUAUUCACAUUUUGAAAGAACUGGAUAUAAGAAGCCUUUGUCGCUUGGCCCACACCUGCAAACUGCUUCAGAAAUACACCUCAGAUCCCUUCUUGUAUAUUAGACUGAAUCUCAAGAACUGUUGGUGGUUGGUGAGCAAUGCCACCCUAGAAUGUCUUUCGUCAAGAUGCUUGCUUCUACAGUCACUUGACCUUUCAUGGUGUGGCCCAUACAAUGCUCUUGACACUGAAACAUUCAUGGAAUUCAUCCACACAUGUGGAAGACAGCUCACCAUAUUGCGUCUCAAUAACUGUCACUUCAUUGAUAAUUAUUGCCUGUAUAUGAUUGCUAAUGUCUGUCUCAGUCUGGAAGAAUUGAGCAUGGCCAACUGCUCCAAAGUCGAUCAUCUUGGUUUUGGGGAGUUGAAGAAAGCCAGAUGUUUAAGUCGAUUAGAUUUGUCUCGAACACGCAUCGAUUUCCAUACCCUGCAGCUGUUGCUACAGCAUGCUGGUCAACUUCGCCAUCUUAGUCUGAAUAAUUGCACUCAGCUUGAUAUGGACGAGGUUGCACUGACGCUGGCUACCUUUAGCCGCGACCUAAUAUCACUUGGGGCAUGGAAGACACAUGGUCUCACAGCCCGAGGUCUUCGUGCUCUGGCUUGCAUUCCAACACUUCAAGAUCUUGACUUGGGUUGGGCGUUGUCAGGAGUUAUAACUGAGGGUCUUGGUGAGUUGGUACGAGGAUGUAGAGGAUUAAAACGAAUAUAUCUUACUGCAUUGAGAACACUAACAGACCAUGACCUACACCACUUAAUGACACACUCUCAUGGACUCGCACAGCUUGACAUCAUGGGCACAAGAAAUGUUACUCCAGAAGCUGUACACAGGUUAUUGCAGAGCUGCCAACAUUUGGAAUUACUUGAUGUCAGUUUUUGUGAACAAAUUCAUAUUACCUACAUACACCAGUGGAAUUCACAGUUCCCAAAAGUUGCCAUCAAAGGGGGACUGAAGCACCAAGUUCGAAUUGUGUAAAAUGGAUAUUUCAGUGGGGGAAUAUGUGUAGGCAUUACUAUUACUUUUAAAAAAAUAUCUCAUAUUUAGUGAGUGUGAUUUAAAUAUUGAAUAAUAAUUGAGCAAAUAUUUGUAUUCCAUAAACAGUUAAAGAAUGAAUUGUCAUUGGAAUUUGAUGAUGUUUAAGGAACUACUUGAUACUCUUAACUGAUAUAUGAAAUAAUCUGAACUUGUGGUAUGAAGUUAAUACAGAUAAAUUCUUUAACAUGAUUUUAUUCAUAGCUCUUGGAACACGUCUUGUGCCUUCCACCCCACCAGUCCCUCCAACACAGCCAUUGCCCACUUCCUCUUUGAUAUUUAUGCUUCUCUUAUCCACUUCAAAAAUGGCUACCAGGACUUAAUGAAGACAGCAAGAGGAAAAGAUAGCACAAGCUACAAAACUUAGUUAUAUAACUGUAUUUGCUCAAGCACUCUGCUUGGUGCAUCCAAUAGAGCAAACAAUCCAUGUGAACAAUGGUACACUCAUUGCUAGUUAUUAUCAUAGCAGUGACUGAACAGAUGGGAAAAUGCUGGCUAUAAAAGGAUUGAAGACCAGAAAUAAUGCACUUUCACUCACCAAGUUUUUUUCAAAUUCUAAUUUACACAAUUUGUAUGAUUUAUUUAAAGUUUUGUUUAUUUGACUAAAUUCAAUUAUUUAUGUAUAUUUUCAGUUAUGAAGUCUGGGCAGGAGAUUGGGGUACACUUUUCUUCUUCUUAUGGGAGUAAUUGCCAUUUUCUGAUAUUUGAUUUUACAGUACAGGUUCAGAAAUGCAAUUCUAUUGUAAAUCAAGAACUACAUGUAUUAGCUUCAUGGCCAAAUAACUUUUCUUAUUUUCUUUUAAUAUUACUUCACAAUGUUUCUGAAAAAAACAACAUAAUUAUGAGGUUGUAUUAUAUGAAUAUUUAUUCAUGCCUUGGGAUAGUUAAUAAUUAUCUUUGUUGAUAUUAUAUUAUAUAAGCUGUUUGUUUGAUUUUCUGAUCUUGACCUUUGCUAUGAAGAGUAGAUGUGUGUCAAAUCUUCAGAUAUAUGUCUAGUCAGAUUAGGACUAAAAAUUAGCAGAGCUCAUUUUGGAAUAUGUAGCAACUGUAACAUGGUUGGUCAGCUAAAGUGCUCCAAAAGAGGGUUAAUUAAUUUAUUUUUUGCAUUGUAAAAAUACUAAAAACAUAUUUAGUCCUCAACUUUGUAUUACCACUCACAGCCAUCAUUGCAUGUAGGUAUGAAACUAUAUAUAUUGUAAUUCUCAGAUAAUAUAUGUUAUUUCUCUUUUUUUUCUUCUUCUUCUUUCUUUCUUUUUUAUUUCUUUUUCUUUUCUUUAAACUGAGGAUGGCCAGCCAACCAGGAUGAUGGGAUUUUAUAGAGAAUAUUAAGGGGUUAUCACACAGAUUAACCUGCUUUCUACGAUUACAAAAAUAAUGUGUUAAUGUUUAUAGUUAGUAGGAAUUACUAUUUUUAUGGAAAGAUCUUGAAAUUGAAUAUUGUAAAGAUUAUGUUAUAGUGUUAUUAUUGUAUGAUUAUAUAUAUAAUAAAAUAUAGCAAGGAUUAGCAUGUUAAGUUGGAAAAUAUAGACAAAUAUGUGAAAAGGCUCCAGUUACUACAAGGGCAGUGUCUUGGGCAACAUCAUCAACAUCAUCUAUAUUUGUUGUAUAAAUUGCAGUGGAAUCUGAUGUGAUUUAUCCCAGUGUGGUAACCCCUUUAACAGUAUUUCUUUUACAUAGGAGAAAUAGUCAAGACAGAGUAUUUAGUGUUAUGCAUUAUUGUUUAGUUUUUUGUUUUAUUAUUUUCUUUUCUUUUCUUCUAUUUUCUUUUCAUCUAUUUUCUUCUAUUUUAUUUCAACAUUAGAAGAAGAGGCCUGUGUUAAUUAAGGAGUAUAUUGUAAUGUUACCUUCAAUAUUUAAUCACAGAUAUGGUUUCAUUUCUUGCAUAGAUCUGUUUACAUGAAUUUUUUGAACUAGGAGUCCACUGUUUACAUAUUGGUACAUUACAGAGUAGUACAAUAGUUUACUGUGCAUUCCAGAGAGAAGACAUUUGGGGGACAUAUUCCCCUAGGAGAAAGAAUCUUCUAGUCAUUAGACAAUAAAUACAUUGACUUUU